AUGGCCUAUACGGUCCCUUCCAAGAUCUUGCUAAAUUUGGCCCUUGUGCUUCUCCUUUUAGGUUCAGCAGAUGCACAAAGCUUGCAGGUUGGAUUCUACCAAAGGUCAUGCCCCAAAGCUGAAGAGAUCAUUCGCAAGGAGAUGACUGCGAUCAUGUCACUUGCACCGAGCCUCGCCGGCCCUUUACUUAGGAUGCAUUUCCAUGAUUGUUUUGUGCGUGGAUGUGAUGCUUCGAUUCUAUUGAAUGGAACUACAAACAAUCCAGCUGAGAAGGAUGGACUCCCCAAUUUAAGCCUACGAGGUUAUGGUGUGAUCGAUCGCGUCAAGGCUCAAUUGGAGGCGGCUUGUCCUGGCAUUGUUUCAUGCGCUGAUAUCUUAGCUAUAGUAGCUAGGGAUGCAGUGUUUUUGACCAAAGGACCAUUUUGGGACGUACCCACUGGCCGAAGGGACGGGAAAAUAUCAAUAGCCUCAGAGACCUUAACCAACUUGCCACCACCUUUCUUCAACGCCACUCAGAAUUUGAAUCUCUUCUUCAUCCCAAAGGGUUUAAAUGCAAAGGACCUUGUCGUUCUGUCAGGUGGGCAUACAAUAGGGACCUCUCAUUGCUCGUCUUUCUCGAGUCGUCUAUAUAACUUCACCGGAAAUGGUGAUGCCGAUCCAAUGCUAGACAAGGAUUACCUACCAAAGUUGAAGAGCAAGUGCAGGCCUAAUGAUGCGACCACCCUUGUGGAAAUGGAUCCUGGGAGCUUUAAGACCUUUGACACAAGCUACUAUAAGCUGGUGGCCAAAAGAAGGGGGCUCUUCACGUCAGACGCAACUCUCAUUCUUGACGGCCAGACCAAAGCUUAUAUUGAGCGCCAAGCCCAAGCCUCUGGAUUCCCAUCUGAAUUCUUCAAGGACUUUGGGGAGUCCAUGGUUAAGAUGGGGAAUAUUGGAGUGCUUACAGGCAAUCAGGGGGAGAUCAGGAAGAGGUGUGCCUUUGUCAAUUAGAAAGUCAUGCUGUUAAUGUAUUGCAAAUUUCAGAACUCGUGGCUCUUUUCUUACUGCUGCAAGUGUUUCGGUAUUUAAUUUGAAGUGGGAGCAAUAAGGUA